CCGCGGCUAUCAACAUUUCAAUCGACUCGAAUUCCAGCCAAGUAUCAAAGUCGAGCCUUUCUUCUUAGCCUCUCCUCUCUUCCCAUCCGUACCUCCAUGGCCAGGCUUCUGGUCUUCCUCCUCACCCUCUGCCAGGGCUUCAUUCUUGCUCACACGGCGUCUAUCCGUGUUCAAAUCCCUUCGUCCAACCUCAUCCCCAAUCCCUAUACGCUUCCUUCUUCGACCCACGCAACGUUAACGUCUGGUUCGGGUCCUCCUCUCAAAGCUUCACUUCGACGCGGCAACUACUUCCAGUUCGACAAUGUUACCACCGUUGGCUCCCUCCUACUUGAUGUCUAUACUCGAGAUUUUGUCUUUGCUCCCUAUCGCAUAGACAUUGCUCCUUCUGCUGAUUCCACGGGCACUGUUAUCAUUGGAGCUUGGGAGACAUAUCGUGGGACAAGAUGGGAGGACAAAGGAGUCGCUCUUGUCGCCGCUCCCACAACCGAUCUGGCCUUGUCUAUCAAGGCCUUGACUUCCAAAAACUUUUAUGAGCAACGACAGGGCUUCAAUCCAAUGAGUCUACUCAAGAACCCAAUGAUUCUGAUGGGUGGCGUUGCUCUACUUUUCACCUUUGGCAUGCCCAAGCUCAUGGAGAAUAUGGAUCCAGAGAUGAAGGCCGAGUAUGAGGAAAUGCAGAAGAAGACUUCCAUGGGAAGCGUUGCGAGAGCUAUGCAAGGUGGAGGCUCCAAUCCUGCCGAAUUUGAUAUUGCAGGAUAUCUCGCCGGCACUGGGAAGAGCACGGGCAAUGAUCGAAGCUCAGGUUCUACCCGAGAACGUAAGCGUUAAACUAGAAGGAGCUCGUGUUGACUCUGGUUUCAAUGAACUCUACCUAUCCCUAAAUCUUCAAGCGUUGAUUCUCUUGGCCACAGAAUCGUGUCGAUGUCGGUGCGGCGCCCCCACCCCGUUUGCCAGAGCAUCCUCAAGCCAGAUCGAUAAGAGCGUUGGCACGCCUCCAGCUCCCGCUAGACAUACUGCAUAUGUGCUCUGACAAACCUUUGAAUGCGGCAUGCGUGCUCAUAUUUGUCUCGUUUUUAUGCCUAUUUUGAUGGAGGCGGUGAGGGUUUUGACUACCGUGUGGGGGUGGUGGUUGCAUUACGAUUGGUCGUGGAGAGAGAGAAUCAAAGGAACAUGCCAGGGAAGGUGCUGGCGUGAGUGAGUGCAUUGAAGCGACAUGCCAGGGGACGUUGUAGCAUUGUUGAGCGCAUUGAAUCAACAGUUUGGCAUGGUUGAGUGGGGGAUUUUGGUGAAGAUAGUCAGAAUGGUGCUACAACAGAUAGAUAUUUGGUGGGGUUGGCCAUGUGUGACAAUGUCACACUCUGUCCCAUCCGAGUUACUCCUUUGCCUCUGACACUGAGAGAUAUAUAAAC